AUGCCUGCAGUUGAGAGCAAGUUCGAUCCAAAGGACAUGGAGUUCCGCCACCUCGGACCCACCGGUCUUAAGGUCUCCGUGUUUUCCCUGGGUGGAUGGCUCACAUACGGGGGCACGCAAAAGGGCAACGACGUCAAGGACUGCAUGGAGGCUGCCUGGAACCAUGGCAUCAACUUCUUCGAUACAGCAGAAGUCUACUCGAACGGUCAAUGCGAGAUUGAGAUGGGCAACGCAUUGAAGGAGCUUGCAUGGCCAAGAGAUGAGUACGUUCUCAGCACAAAGGUGUUCUUCGGCACUGGACGGAAAGAGCCAAACACUCGCGGUCUCUCCAAGAAGCACGUUGUUGAGGGUCUCAAGAGCUGUCUCCAGAGACUACAGCAGCCAUACGUUGACAUUGUGCUUGCUCAUCGCCCAGAUGUUGGCACCCCAAUGCUGGAGAUCGUCGAAGGCUUCACCCAAGUCAUUCGUAACCUCAACCUUGCCUACUACUGGGGCACUUCCGAGUGGUCUGCAACCCAGAUCACCGAGGCUACUGAAUUGGCGGAGAAGCACAACCUGAUUGCUCCCAUUGCUGAGCAGCCACAGUACAACGCAUUCCACCGUCAGCGUUUCGAAGUCGAGUACGAGCCUCUUUACAAGAAAUACCAGUACGGCACCACCAUCUGGUCUCCUCUCGCUUCGGGUCUCCUGACCGGCAAAUACAACGACGGCAUUCCAGAGGAUUCGCGAUUUGCCACCAACAAGGCUUUCUUCGAGGACACCGUCAAGCAGCUGCAGAGCGAAGAGGGUCAGGCAAAGAUUGCCAAGGUCCGCAAGCUCACCGAGAUCGCCGAAAGACUCGGCGGAAACGUCGCACAGCUUUCGCUCGCAUGGGCUGCCAAGAACCCCAAUGUUAGCACUGUGAUCCUUGGGGCUACCCGCGUGUCUCAGAUCGAAGACAACAUCAAGGCCCUUAAGCUGCUACCAAAGCUUACGCCCGAAGUGAUGGAGGAGAUUGAGAAGAUUCUCGACAAUGCGCCAGCGGCACCCAACAGCUUCGGUCGUCAGAGGUGA